CCUAACAUUAAUUCAUAAACCCUCUUCUUCGUCGAGUUUCGACUUUCUGCAGCAGCCAUGGCUUCCGUUCUAUCAAAGAAGCAGAAAAAGAGGGAAAAAUAUACCCUCUCUGACCUCAAAACCCUAGGAAACCAGCUUCUCUCUUCCAGAGCCCACGUCAACAACCUCCCUCUCCUCCUCACCUUUGUCUCCCCAUCAUCACCUCCUCAGCACGUCCUUGAAACCAUUCUCUCCCUCCAAUCCUUCUUUACCAUCGACCUCCCCUCAAAACCCUCCAUCCACUCCAAAACCGACCCCGAAUUAAUCUACCGAACCUGGCUUCGCUCCAAGUUCGAUGACUUCGUCAAAUCUCUUAUCGAUAUCCUCACAUCUUCGACGUGUGAAGAAACCUUGAGAGAGGUUGUGCUGGAUACGAUAAUGGAGUUGGUGAAACUGGGGAAUAGCGGAAGGUUCAAUUCUGCAGUAUAUCACAGAUUUAUUCAUAGUAUUGUUGGUUCUACAAUGUCGGUUACUUUUUUGUUAGACUUGCUUGAAUCCAAGUAUUUCAAAUAUAUUGACGUGCGUUAUUUUACCUACAUUAGCCUGGAAAAAAUUACAAAAACUUUGGAGGCAAAAGACAUCUCUGACAACAGAACGGCGAGUGCAGAUGAGGAUUCUAAAAGUCAUUCAAAAGAAAGCAUAGAGCUUUCUAUUCACAAGAUACAUCAUAUUCUGGCACACAUUCCCCCUUUAGAAGUUCUUGAAGAAAAAUCUGAUUAUGAGAUGUGGAUUGGAUCUGGAUUUUCAUCUAAAGAAUCUGAUCGGAAAGACCAUUCUGAGCUUCCUGAUGCCGAAGAUAAGCAGUGUAAGACAGAGCAAUCUAAUAACAAUGUCUCUCCUGUUAAAAUGGCCAAAAAGAUGAAACUAAAAUUUACCAAGGCCUGGAUUUCAUUUCUUAGGUUACCGCUUCCUCUUGAUGUGUACAAGGAGGUUCUUGUUAAUCUCCACCAGGCUGUUAUUCCUCAUCUUUCUAAUCCCAUCAUGUUAUGUGAUUUUUUGACAAGAUCUUAUGACAUUGGAGGUGUUAUAAGUGUCAUGGCCCUUAGCAGCCUGUUUGUUCUUAUGACGCAACAUGGUCUAGAGUAUCCCAACUUCUAUGAAAAGCUCUAUGCACUAUUGGUGCCUUCUAUUUUUAUGGCAAAACAUCGGGCAAAAUUCUUCCAGCUUCUUGAUUCUUGUAUGAAAUCACCUCUUCUUCCGGCAUAUUUGGCUGCUGCCUUUGCCAAGAAAUUGAGUAGAUUGUCGCUUUCAGUCCCUCCCUCCGGAGCAUUAGUUAUAAUAGCUCUAAUUCACAACCUCUUACGAAGACAUCCUUCAAUUAAUUGUUUGGUUCACUGGGAAAAUGAUGAUGGAACUGCUAGAGAUGAUUCUAGAGCUUCAGAGCCUGGUGAUGAAGCGGAGGAUUCUGGCAAGCAUGCAGAUCUCUACAGUAGAAAACUAGGCAUUGAUCAUUUCAACAAUGAGGAAAGUGAUCCUGCAAGGUCCAAUGCAAUGCGAAGUUCUCUUUGGGAAAUUGAUACCCUUCGACACCACUAUUGCCCGCCUGUUUCGAGAUUUGUCCUGUCUCUUGAGACUGAUUUGACAGUUAGAGCCAAAACCACUGAGAUAGCAGUGGACGAUUUCAGUUCUGGUUCAUAUGCAACAAUAUUUAGGGAGGAGAUGGGUCGAAGGGUUAAACAGGUCCCAGUUGCAUUCUACAAAGCAACUCCCACCUCUUUGUUCUCGGGAUCUGAAUUUGUUGGUUGGACUUUCAAAGGCAAAGAGAGUGAGGGAGAGGAAACUGGGACAAUCAUAUCUGAAGAAGAUGAUCAUAAUUCUGCAAAAAGACAGCGGAUAGGGAGCUCUUAAACCAAGUGCACUUCCCACAAUUUUUUUUGUAACAAAAUAUUUAGAUCAAUUUUGUAGGCUUGUAUUAUUGGGUAGUUCAUAUGCUGUGAGAUAUGGACUCAUUUUGUCACCAAAAUUUUCUUAACUGUCAGCUGCUUUUCUGGAUAUUUUUGAUGUUUUUGACGGCGAGGCUUAAUGAUGAUUUUAUUCUUGUUUCCUUGGAA